AUGACGGAUCGAGACACCACAUUCAACUUUGUCUACCACAUUGAGCGCACUAACUGGCUCUUCCCCCACCUCGUGUCGGUCGACGACGCCCUCAUGGUGUGGCACCCCGAGACGGGCUGCUCCGCCGCGGUCGAAAUCGCGCCGGCGCAUGUCAACCGGCCCCUCAUCAUCGACGCCAAGCACAACCCGGAACGCUGCACCUGCAGCGAUUACCUGGUGGCAUGCGCUCGAUCCAUGGAACGGCGGUCCGCAGCGCGCAGCCCGGAGGACCGGGCGAACUAUCGAGCGCUGCGCCGCCUCCGGCACAGCGUCGUGGCCAAUAUCGUCAUGGACCACCUCUCGGCUGCCGAGCAGCGCCGUGCAGGCUCGCGGGCGUGGUUCCUGCGGGGUGCCGGCCGGUGGAGCGACGCCAUCUCGUACAUGCUCAAAAUGAAGGAGGAGAUGGGCUUGCCUUUCCCACUGAGCCAAGCGGUAUUCCGGGUGGAUAUCGAGGUGGUGGACAGCAGCGGUAGGUUCUUUCGUCCCCGAGGGAUUCCCGUCGUUCGGGCGCAGGACAUACUAACGACGCUGCAGAUAUCAGUGACCGAUGUAGAAAUCAUCCUCCUCUCAAGAUUAGCAGCUCAAGUUUUUGCUGUCAUCAGUGUCCACCUCUUCGCCGAUGCUGAAUCUAGCACGGAGGCACAUCAAGGCUAG